AUGGUUCUUGUCGAGAACACGAGCGUUUUUUCUGCGGCCGAUCAAUGUCCCAACUGCAGCUCCUCCGCCUACCCGGAGGUGGACGUGACCAAGGCGGUGGUUUUGGGGAUCGUGCUGCUGGUGUUCGUGGUGUUCGGGGUUCUCGGUAACAUCCUGGUCAUCCUGUCGGUGUUGUUCCACCACCACUGGCGCUCUGUGACUCACUACUUCAUCGCCAACCUGGCGGCCGCCGACCUGCUGCUCAGCUCCGCCGUCCUGCCGUUCUCCGCCACCUCGGAGGCUCUGGGCCGGUGGGUGUUCGGCCGGUUCUUCUGCAGCGUCUGGGCCGCCCUGGACGUUCUCUGCUGCACCGCCUCCAUCCUCAGCCUCUGUGUGAUCUCCAUCGACCGCUACCUGGCCGUCAGCUACCCCCUGCGCUACCCGGCCAUCGCGACCGGGCGGCGAGGCCUGACGGCGGUGGCGGCUCUCUGGGGCGUCUCGGCGGCCAUAUCGGUGGGGCCUCUGUUCGGCUGGAGGGAGCCCGACCCAGAGGACGAGACGGUGUGCAGGAUCACAGAGGAGCCCGGGUACGCCUUGUUCUCGGCGUUGGGAUCCUUCUACAUACCGCUGGCCAUCAUCCUGGCCAUGUACUGCCGUGUCUACACUGUGGCCAAGAGAGAAACCAAAACCCUGAGGGAGGGCCGAGACGGAGAAGGUGUGGAGGUGGAGGGCGUGAUGCUGAGGAUUCACAGAGGAAACUCGGCUCAGACGAGGAAACAGGAGGAUGACGAGGGGACGUCGGAACCUAAACGCUCCUCCUUCACCCUGCCGAAGCUGCUGAAGUUCUCCAGAGAGGAGAAGGCCGCCAAGACUCUGGGCAUCGUGGUCGGAUGCUUCAUUCUGUGCUGGCUGCCUUUUUUUCUGGUUUUACCCAUCGGUCCUCAAAGAGGUUUCUGUCCAACUGGAUUAAAAAAUGUCCUCUGUGUUGCAUAA